AUGAUCACCCGUCUCAUCUGCUUGGUCCCAUCAUCAUCUACUCGUCGUGCAAUUCUUACGGUCGCACUAUCUCGUGAAGCUGCUGCUCCUGACCAUUCGAGGAGUAACCUAGCAAAUCAAGAAAAGACUCUCGUCGAUGCGCUGGUGAUCCUAGUUCAGCUUCUUCAUAUUCUGGUACCAAUAGCGACCUGCCAGUCCUCAACAACAGAAACCGAACAUUGGGUUGACAGACACAGCUGCGACUCGCGCGCGAGCGGCAUUGUGGACUCAGAAGGUGUUCCACUAAGGACGAGCGCCUCGACGGUCUUCAAGGUUAACGUCAAGUAUGGGACUGCAGUGCUGGUAGGAAGUGAGGCAAUCGACAGAGGCUACCACACUACCUUUGGUGAAAGCAGCUUACAGGGUACACGCCUCAACCUACUCAAGUUCCCCUUACAGAUACACGAUGCCUUGGCAUGGGAAAUAGCUGACGAUGGCUCACGUAGCAUGGAUAAAACGAUCCGCGGCGGUUGUAGGUUCAGCGUGUUUCUCCGGUGCAUCCGAGAAUGGACCCUGAUGUCGGUCGGCAGUCAGGACACCGGGCCCAAAUCAAGGAAGGGGGGCGUUGAUGUGUUUGACAAGUCGCAGGACCCAGUUAUGCCGGGUGCUCUCGGCCCUCUCCUCUUCCCACCUACAGGCUACGAAAUAGGCAGGCUUGCUGUCUUGCAUUGGCUCGCCGGCCACCUGCCCUCCUGGCUUUGUCGGGAAUUGUCGACGAAGUGGUUGAAUCUAGGGUGGGGAAUAUGUCGGAGCGUUAUCUUCGCCGUGUCCUCCAUUCAGGCGAUGCCGGAUGUAUCGAGGGUUGACUUGACGGGGUCCAUUAAUUCUGCGCCCGCCGUCUAUCGCGAAUGCGCUCGCUCCUCAGAUAUCGCCAAGCCGUACUCCGUACCUUAUGUAGGUCGUCGUCUCUCGUGCGGGCGCAUCGACGGCUUAACGGGAGUCACGAGGGAUGUAAUUCGCCAUGGCUACGGGGACCCGAUCAAGUCGCAAUCCGCCGCCACUGCAUGA